AUGGAAAACGGUCAAAAUAUUAAUAAUGAUUCUGUCGAAAUUCACGUACCCUAUCCUUGCUCUAUUGACCCGAAGGAUUUUUUAUCACAUAAAUGUAAAGAGGGUAAAAAACCAUCAAAGUCGUCAAAUGCGUUCAUGAUUUAUCGGAAAAUGUUUUCUAGGGAAUUAAAAAAGAAAAAUUAUAAAGUCACGCAAGCUAAAAUUUCCGGAAUGGCUUCUGCAUCAUGGAAGAAAGAAUCUAACCAUAUUAAAGAUGCUUACCAUAAACUUGCGGGUGAUGUCGAUCGUUUAUUCAUGGAAUUGCGUCAAGAUAAUCCAAAUGAAAAUCCAAUUGAACGGGUAGACGCUAGUAAAGAAAGUGCCGAAUUAACUCCGAUUUCAAAUCAAUUUCCGAAUGUUUCGGCCGAUAAUAUUUCAAGUCUCUACUUAAGCGCACCAAUACCACAAUAUUAUUGGCCUAUCCCUGCCUUUGAUACAUGGCAAUAUACUUACGAUGUAACAAAUAUGACCUAUUAUAUUACGUCAAUUUACGACAAUAACUAA